AGAAAGACCCAAACCCAGACCCCGCGAGAAGAGAUGACCAUGACCACCAUGCCAGAAAGUCUCAACAGCCCCGUGUCGGGCAAGGCGGUGUUUAUGGAGUUUGGGCCGCCCAACCAGCAAAUGUCUCCUUCUCCCAUGUCCCACGGGCACUACUCCAUGCACUGUUUACACUCGGCGGGCCAUUCGCAGCCCGACAGUGCCUACAGUUCGGCCUCGUCCUUCUCCCGACCGCUGGGCUACCCUUACGUCAACUCGGUCAGCAGCCACGCGUCCAGCCCCUACAUCAGUUCCGUGCAGUCCUACCCCGGCAGCGCCAGCCUCGCCCAGAGCCGCCUGGAGGACCCAGGGGCGGACUCCGAGAAGAGCACCGUGGUGGAAGGCGGUGAAGUGCGCUUUAAUGGCAAAGGGAAAAAGAUCCGUAAACCCAGGACAAUUUAUUCCAGUUUGCAGUUGCAGGCUUUGAACCGGAGGUUCCAACAAACUCAGUACCUAGCUCUCCCUGAGAGGGCGGAGCUCGCGGCCUCCUUGGGACUCACACAGACUCAGGUCAAGAUAUGGUUCCAGAACAAACGCUCCAAGUUCAAGAAGCUGAUGAAGCAAGGCGGGGCAGCUCUGGAGGGCAGCGCGUUGGCGAAUGGCAGGGCCUUGUCUGCCGGCUCCCCACCGGUGCCACCCGGCUGGAAUCCGAACUCCUCCUCUGGGAAGGGCUCCGGCAGCAGCGCAGGCUCCUACGUCCCCAGCUACACAUCUUGGUAUCCUUCAGCGCACCAAGAAGCUAUGCAGCAGCCUCAACUCAUGUGA